CAUUGCCACAUUCCUCCAUCGGAAUCUAACGGAUUACUCUACGGCAGCACUUUUCUGACUUUUCCGUGCACUAGUAUAAAAUCAGUGAUUGCAUUGAGAUUCAUUUUUUAUUCAAACUCGUCAUCUUGAUCUGUUUGCAAUUGUACAUUCUUGUAAUCAGAAUGAAAUAUCUAUUAAUUAGUCUGUCUGUUAUAAUCGGCGUUGGUUCUAUCAAACUAGAUGGACCGAAACAUGAGGUAACUAUUGAUAUAAAUAACACAACUGUCACAGAUGCUCCAAUAACGGAUAUUGUCCCUGUGGAUUCAACAACUGAAGUUCCUUCAACAACUACAGCUCAAAGUACUACAUCUCAUACCACCUCCACUGUAACACCCUCUACUACUAAAUCCACAAGUAUAGCACCAAAUGUCACAACUUUAGCACCAAAUGUCACUACAGUACCCCCAAUACCACCUACCAAUUCUACUGUGACAACCAUUAGACCUUCUAAUGGGACUACACCUAUUUCUACUUCUACAGUCAAACCAUCAGUUCCUACCACUCCACCAGUACCAGAACAUCACAGGAGAUUUGAUGGACCUAGUUUUGUUGGUGGAAUAGUUCUAGCUUUAGGGUUAGUUGCUAUUGGAUUUGUUGCAUUCAAAUUUUACAAGGCUCGUACAGAGUUGAACUAUCAUACAUUGUAA